AUGUCUCGGGACGAAGAGAUUGCAUCAAGCGAGAGCCCUGGCAUCUUGAGGGCCCAGGCAAUGAACGAAGUUUUACCACGCCGCGAUCUCGACAUUUUCACCACCUCGCGCAUGUUUCCCGAAGGGGACUGGGUUCUCUCAGAAGUCGGGCGUCCUCAUCAGUUUCAGGCAGCCUACUGCGUUCCAAAUCAGCGAGGACAUCUGGUUCCCGCGCCUAUGCCUCCAGUCAAUAUUUCGGCAGUCACCAACGAAGAGGAAAUCUACAACCACUGCACCGUCUAUCAAUUUGCCCCUGCACUCCACGGCGCUUCCAACGCAGCCAGCCACCAACCGCAACAGCAUCUCGGUCGCGGGUUGGCGGCAACCAACGGCGACUACCAGCAGUUGCCGCCCCAUUCCCAACCUGCCGAUCAGUAUCGCUUCGACUCAGAAAAGAAGGAUCCCUUCAUUCACUCGGGUGACACCAGUUUCUUCGCGAGUCCUCCCUCUUACGCAUCCGCCACAGCCGCCCACCUGCAUGCACCUCGUUCACGAGACAAAGAAACGGAUUUGCCGCCCGCGCCGAUGCAUGGCCAGAAUUUCAUCAGCUUUUCGGAAGAAAACAUCGUCGGCGAAUUUCAAGCGCACCCUUCGAUAGGGGCGGGCUCUUUUGCCAGCACGAUGUUCAACGAUUCCUUCCGUAACAGCCCGGAAUCGGAAGAAAUUCACGGCUUUGAAUCAUUCACAUCACAAGACUUCUCUUCCAACAUUCACGGCCAGGCAAUGAUUGCGAGCAACUCAUUUGACAUGGGUUUUGCCCCAGCGAUGACGACGCACCUCCAUGAGCUGGCCCUCACGGCCAGGCAAUGA